AUGACUAACGAGCGCGGUUUCGAACACUCAGGUGCAGUGAGUCGAAGCCGGCGAAACGGACACGGGGAAUCAAUCUUCAUCUUGUCUUCUAAAAUGAAAAAUAAGAGAAGAUCAUUAAACGAAACCAAGGAGGAAAUGAGUACAAUACAGAAAAAAAAAUCAAGAUUCAAGUACGACUUCAAAUACGACUUCAAGCAUGACUUCAAGUACGACUUCAAGUACGACUUCAAGCAUGACUUCAAGCACGACUUCAAGUACGACUUCAAGCAUGGCUUCAAGUACGACUUCAAGUACGACUUCAAGCAUGACUUCAAGCACGACUUCAAGUACGACUUCAAGCAUGACUUCAAGUACGACUUCAAGUACGACUUCAAAUACGACUUCAAGCAUGACUUCAAGUACGACUUCAAGUACGACUUCAAGCAUGACUUCAAGUACGACGACACAAACAUUGAAUCGGGCGGAAGCGCACGAACCAAACGCAACGAGAGCGCGGAGCCUCGUCCUCCUCCGCGCCGAAAGGACCGCAAGGCGCGGCAGGAGCGCGAUACAUCAUGGCCGAGCGCGCCGCGGGGGUUGUCAGUCCGCGCAGAUAACAUUGAGGACGCGCAGUGUCCGGUUUCCUCGGAGGCCGAGCGGCGCUGCCUUGCAGACGCUGGCGGCUUCCGUAAAGCCGAAACUCCCAUGAGAAAUCCCAACAGGAGCCGACCAUAG